AGCUCGAUCCCGCGCCCGAAGCUUGCGCCCUCUACAUUCAUUCAAUCCGGCCUCGACCGCGUCCAUUGCUUGGACAAUAUUUUUGACAAUAGUUACGACGAGCCACAGACGAGGCGGACCGUCGCUUUCUUCUCUCCGGACCCCACGCCGCCACUGCGAGGCCCCCCGUACACAUAGUACUUCCAAUGGAGCAAAUGGAGGACACCAAGAUGUCUUCGACACCCUCGCCGACCGCCUCGGCCACCACCAGCUCUUCGGCCGCUCGCCGGCCGCCCCGCAAAAGCACACUAACCCAGCAGCAGAAGAACCAGAAGCGACAGCGCGCCACGCAAGACCAGCUCGUCACCCUCGAGGUGGAAUUCAACAAGAACCCGACGCCAACCGCAGCCGUACGCGAGAGAAUAGCCCAGGAGAUCAACAUGACGGAGCGUUCUGUACAGAUCUGGUUCCAGAACAGGCGAGCAAAGAUAAAGAACAUUGCGAAGAAGAGCAUCGAGAGCGGCGAGGACUGUAACGACAUCCCAGAAUCAAUGCGUCGAUAUCUUGCCCUGCAAGCUAUGGAGUCUGGCAAAUCGAUGGGACGGGACUUUUCCCUAGGUCGAUCCGGAUCCCUGGCGGGCUACGGAAGUGGCUCCAUGAUGCUCAACACUGACACGAGCUCCUCCAAAGUUGUCAUACAUCACUUCGCAUGUCGCUCGCUGAGCAUCGGCUCGUGGCGCCGCGUUGGCCAGAGUGCGAUGGACCUCGUCAUCUUCUACUCGCCGGAGAAGUGCUGUGUUACCUAUUACAUCAACAACGACUCGGCUGGCUACAAGAUCGAGUACCCCUUCGCUUACAUCAAGAACAUCAGCCUCGAAAACGGAGAUGUCGCCAGCAAUGCCGAAGGUGCAGCACAACGACCCGGCGGCCUUAUCGUGGAGCUGAACCGGCCACCAAACUUCUUCAUGGACUCGUCCGGCUCCGGCGGAUUCUACCAGUGCGGUGACUUUACCGAGGAGCAGCAGGCGUCACAGGUUCUCGUACACCACCUCGGCGGCCAUCCCAAAGUGCUCAGCGGGCAGCUGGCCAAGCUGGUGUCGCUGGAGUCGUUUCAGAGCCGACACAACCUCUACGACCACAACGCGCUCGCUGUUUCGGCGCCAGUUUCGCCAAUCAACCACCGGCCGGCGUCGCAGCCAAACCACAUUGCGCAUCCGCACAUGGGUAUGUUUCACGACGGCCCGUUCGGGCCUGGCCUCCACCCUGGGCGUGGCCACAAGCGUCAACGGAGUCGUUCGGUGCCUGUCGCAGUUGACUUUUCCAUGUUGCGAAACCCGAUGCCCUCGUUUCUGAUCCAGCAGGAGCCGUCUCCGUACAUCCCCAACCCGGAGAUUUUUGCCCCCAUUCCCCAGCACCACCCCCAGCAGCCAGGCCCCAUCGGCCCGAACCUCAGCAUCGACACUUCGGCUGGAUAUGGGUUAGACUACCGCCAGUAUCCCAUGUCUGCGACAACCGCCAACUCGCCCUCCGAGUAUGGCACCCCGGCCUUCUUCACGUCGGGACCCCCGACCGACAACAUACCCGCGUCCAACUUCAACACUCAAUAUAACAUCCCGUAUCUGUCGCCCAUGCCGAACGGGCAGAACGGGCAGCAUUCCGUCUCGCCUAUGUCUGCAAUGGGUCCUCCCGAUCCAGUCAUAGCGAACCAAUCACCGCCGUUGACGUCGAUGGGGCGGGACGGCUCAGGCGACCUCUACCAGAUGUCGCACGACAAUGGUGUUUCGGACGAGGCCCUGUCCCUGACCGACAUGUACGCCAAGCAGACGCUAAACCUUCCGUUCCGGUCGCCCAUGGAAGACAACGUCGACGACCUUGACAUGCACAACUUGGUGCAGUUCGGCACAAUCGACCCGUCUAGCCUGUCACCCGAGAAUCACCAACUGUGACAAUGAGCAUCGCGACCAGAACACGACUCGGUUUCUCUUCGCUCCUCAUAGUCACUCUAAUACCUGCAUCGAUCGUGUCUCAUGUGUGCUGCAAACAUGUGCAGCAUGCCCUUGGACUCCAGCCUCGAGACAGGCCUAGACUCUAUCUGCAUAGGCUCACAUUGCCUGCGUGCCUGACGGAUGGCAAGUUACCCCUUGCCAUCAGUCACGAUACACUUACCCCCUAACUCGAAAUACUUCU